AUGUCUCCCAGGACCAGCACAGACCCUGAGCGGGUUUCUCUUACUCAGUCCAGACACACCUCCAUGGUUCACGGAAUGUCACAUAUGGCCUCAAGAACACUCCAGGAUGAUGAAAUGUCAAGCCAGGACAACUCGUCCUUGUGCUCAAGUAUUGCCACAAACCACGGAAAUCCCCAGGACAUGAAAGACUGGAGUAUGAACACUUCAGAGUCUCUCGAUCAGGCCAUUUCCAAGGAAUCUCCCCAGGUGCAAAUGCUUUCUUUCUCGUUAUCUCAGCAGCUCAUGACCCCCACGGUCGGACCAAAUGAUGUUAUGUACACAGGCGUAGACUUCCCAGCAGUCUCAGACCUACAUGAUCACGAUGGAUUUUACUCCUUUGUGGACCUUUCUUCCAUGGAUAAUGAUGUUUGUGGUGUGCAGUCAGGCACACCGGAUGAUGCCCUUUCUGUUGCUCACAGUUCUCACACGGAUGAUGCCCACUUCAUGAGCCACGAGUCGUGGAAUGCUAUGAUGCCUGAUGGCCACUACUCUGGAUCAACCCUGGAUCAACUCUCAUCAGGUCUUUUCCAUGGUGUUCCUGUCUCUCCGCCUCUGACAGAAGCUAGCACCGACAUUCCCAUUACUUCUUCAUGCUCACACCCUGGAUUUCCUUCUUUCAUGACCCAUGAUGAUGCACUCCUCGGAGAUUACACUUCCACAUCGCCCAUUGGCAACCAUGGACUUAACCCAACGGAGCCGCUGUUCCCUAACACCACUAUCAGUGAGAAGGACGCUGAAAGGACCAUCAGACCUACCAAACAGUCUCGACGAUCAGCUUUGCCAGGUGUUUCUCAGCCCAAUAUCAAGCUCGAGUCGGAUUUCUUCCCUCCUCUUCCCAUGAGAGAGCCAGCCCGCCAGAGAUCCAAGGAUGGAGCCGAGUCUCGUAACCCGCGAGAGCACCACUUCUAUUCCCUUCCCACCCACAGUGAUGGAAAGUACUACUGCCCGUUUGCCAAUGGAGACAAGCCCUGCAACCACCCACCCACCACGCAAAAAUGCGCUUACCAGCAAAUAUCCCCUUAUAGCAAGUACCUGGAUUCUCACUUGAAGCCCUACCGGUGCAAGAUCCCCGUCUGCAUGGAUGGCCAGCUGCGUUUCUCCUCAAACGCCUGCCUCUUCCGCCACGAGCGUGAAGCCCACGGACUACAUGGCCAUGGAGACAACCCCCACCUCUGCCUGUGGGAGGGCUGUGAACGCUCCGUCCCUGGAUAUGGAUUCCCACGUAGAUGGAACUUGUACGACCACAUGCGUCGUGUCCACGACUAUGUCUCCUCCGAGCGCCACAGCUCACCCGAGAUUUCCCCCGCGGUGACCGUCCCUGCCAAGAAGAAGGAUUCCACCCCUUCCACCACUGGCCGCAAGAGAAGAAGUGUCACGGGCCCCACCCCGGCCCCCACCAUGAAGCGCACCCGCUCCAUCCACUCCCACUCCGGCCCUGCCAAGGCAACUCAGAACUCCGCCCAGCAUGGACAGCGUCUCCGCACCGCCGAGCACAACUACUACACCUGCCGCUCGCGUCUUCUUGAGGAAUUGGCCAAGAUCAACCCCCAGGACAUCUCCAUGCACGAGAAGGUCAACGCUAGCCUCCAGGAGCUGUUCACCUUGGGACUGAACUUCCGUCAGAUCGAGGCCAGCCAGGUUAUUACCCACAUGCCCAAUGGAAUGCCCGCGUGA